AUGCAUGCAGUCAUCAUGAGCAUGUAUGCAGUUACCAUGAGCAUGCAUCCAGCCAUCAUGAGCAUGUAUGCAGACAUCAUGAGCAUGUAUGCAGUUACCAUGAGCAUGCAUCCAGCCAUCACGAGCAUGUACGCAGUCAUCAUGAGCAUGUAUGCAGUCAUCACGAGCAUGUAUGAAGUCAUCAUGAGCAUGUAUGCAGUCAUCAUGAGCAUGUAUGCAGUCAUCAUGAGCAUGUAUGCAGUCAUCAUGAGCAUGUCUGCAGUCAUCAUGAGGAUGUACGCAGUCAUCAUGAGCAUGGGUGACUGCCAUUGCCCCUGUCGCCCUACCUGCAGCCAACCAGUUCCCGCCCUACCUACCCUACACCACCGCAACUUCUUCUUCCACGGGACCAUCAUCCCGCCCGAGGCCAACCACACCUACCUUGGCAACGCCUUUGAGCAUUGUCUGCUCAACGCAUCCCGGGCGCCUGGAGACUACUUGGAGCAGAGGAGUGCAGAGGAGUGUGGUGCGUUCUGUGGGGUUGCUGCUGGGGAUUGCCAACCCCUGUGCAGCGGGCAUGGCAUGUGCUCCUUCAGUGAGUCUGUGCAGGAAUCAACAACAGCAGUCUCCCUGGCAGGUGCAGCAGCGCAACCAUUCAAUGGCACCAUCAUCCUCACGCCCCCCACCAGCAACACGUCAGGAGCAGCACAGUGCAGCGCCCAUCUGCCUCUUCCUUUUGAUUGA